AUGAGCUCCAGUUGGCCUGUGUACGUCUGGGACGUGCAAACCGUCUUGGCGGUGCCUUUAUAUGUUGCCGUCCUCGUCGCGAUUCGCCAACUUCGUUGUAGUUCCAAAUCUUAUCGCAGCUCUUUCUACACGUUUUUGUUCCAACAUGUUAGUUUUCUUUUUCAAUUUAUUUUAUUUUUCCAUUUUGAAACACGUUUAAAGGCACAAAACGACGAGGUAGGCCUACAUUUUCUUUCAUCUUUUCUUUUUCUCUUAUGAAUUACUUUUUUUGAGGGAAUAGCCGACCUGUUGUGCAUGACGAUUUAUUUCCUUUUGAUUCACUCGAGAAGCACUGAACCUUGGAAGACGUUUCUCUACAAGUAUCAAGAAUAUUAUCUUGCUGCGGGUAAAUUUAAUCUUCAACUGAAUUUUUUUAAUCUUCAACCUCGUACAAUAACUCUAACAGCAAGCUACAACUCGAUCUACUUCACGCUCUAUCUCCGAUGCAACGGGAUCAUUCUCUUGACACUUCAUCGCUUUUUCAGCGUUUGUCUAUACAGCACGAAAUGGAAUUCGGUUUGAUUUGGAGAUACUUAAGUUUCAAUCAGUUUUCAGAUAAUUCAAAAAGCAUCGCCCCGGACAGUCAUAAUGGUCUAUUGGAUUAUUCCCCUAGCAGUGAGCUUCGUUGCUUUAAGAGACACGAAUUCUUCUUUCUCUCCCGCUAUGGACCACGUCGUCGAAAUUUCCAUUGUGACGGUUAGUAAACUUGAAUAAAACAGGAUGUUGCGCUAUUCAACUAUGUUAUUUUUUUUUACCCUCGAAAGUUUAUAGUCUGUUCACGGCUAGCUUGGGGCACGAAAACACUUUGCAUGACUGCGUCUCCACCUAGAAUAACAUUUGGAAAGGUUUUUCAUUUAAAUCGCUUCAAGACCUUUUCUUUAGUUGGCUUUGAGCCAUACGUGGAAAUACGGCUUGAAGAGCCAAAAAAAAAGAAGCCCUACGCGUUGCCAUUGCGCCGUUGAAGUAAAAAAUAAAGUUUUAUUUGAAUAGGCUUGUUUGAACUGUUAAAAUUCAUCUAGAUUAAAAAAAUUUGAUUUAUUUAUUUCAGAGAAACACGGUAAUGGCGACGAUCGUUGUUAGUGUCACCUGUGCAGUAUGCAUCAUAAUCUACGUCGCCUUAUUCUUUUUUGUCCGAAACAAAAUGUUAUCAACGUGA